GGUAGGGGACUUCAGUGGAGUCUGCGUCAAUGCGGGCUUCGCCGAAGACCGCAUGGAGGGCACAAAAGAGGCGCUCGCGAGCAGACUUCUGAACGCUAAAAAGACAAAUGGGACACCCUACAGACUCGUAGACUUGGCGAGAACGCGCAAUUUAAGUCCACGAGACCGCAAGUGCGCCAUUUGGAACAGGGCCAUCCACGACACUGGCGAACGGCGUUCGCAAGCAUUCCUGGGUAGGGGACUUCAGUGGAGUAUCCAUCAAUGCGGGCUUCGCCGAAGACCGCAUCGAGGGCACAAAGGAGGCGCUCGCGAGCAGACUUCUGAACGCUAAAAAGACAAAUGGGACACCUACGGACUCGUAGACUUGGCGAGCACGCGCAAUUUAAGUCCACGAGACCGCAAGUACACAGAAGUGCGCCAUUUGGGACAGGGCCGAUGUCGAACACCUAUAUUCAGCAGUGUUGCACCUGUUACUAAUGAUCUGUUUAGGAGGUGCCAAACUAUGUACUGACCUAUUCCUAUGUAGAAAAUCAUCAAAAACCACGUGAUUGCAAACCUAUUCAGCAGUGUGCACCUGUUACUAAUUAUCUGUUUAGCAGGUGCCCAACUGUGUACUAUCAAUGAAAACGUGUUCGACCUACCAGUAUAAAAAGACUGCUGUUGGUAGGAGUGCUUUAGGUUCUGCUCAAAAUGUCUUCAGUGAAGUUGUUAGGUUUUAUUAUAAUUUGUCAUCAAUGGGUGUAUGGAGGUAACAACCACAAUGCAAGAUCAGCCGAGGCUGAGCGUGUUGUUGCGGACUUUCUUUUAUUGGAGGCAUCUCAUUUGAACUUAAAAGGAAUGCCAAGAGAUGCUUUGGAAAGUGUAGUUUCUUCUCAUAACAUCAGUUCUGAAGAAACCACUGCCAGACAAGAUAAUGCUGUUGCUGUGGAAUCCAAUUCAGACCACAUGCAUGGCAACUACAGCCAACAUGCUGUUGCACUGGAACCCGGUUCAGACCACAUGCAUGGCAACUACAGCCAAGGUGAAGCUGCACUGGAACCUGCAAUUGAACCCGGUUCAGAUCAGGUGCGUGGCAACUACAGCCAAGAUGCUGUUGCAGGGGAAUCUGGUUUAAACCACGUGCAGGCCAACUACAGCCAAGGUGAAGCUGCACUGGAACCCGGUUCAGAUCAGGUGCGUGGCAACUACAGCGAAGAUGCUGUUGCAGUGGAAUCCGGUUCAGACCACGUGCAUGGCAACUACAGCCAAGGUGAAGAUGCACUGAAACCUGGUUCAGAUCAGGUGCAUGGCAACUAUAGCAAAGAUGCUGUUGCAGUGGAAUCCAGUUCAUACCACGUGCAUGGUAAAAACAGCCAAGAUGUACCUGCACUGGAAUCCGGGUCUGAGGUGCAUGGCAAUGGCAACUACAGCCAAGACCCUGGUUCUGAGGAAUCCAGUUCUAACCCAUUAGAGUCUGGAAACUCCAACCAAGAUGCUGGUUUCGCGAAGGAGUCCAGUUCUAAUCCACUAGAGUCUAGUUCUAGCAUUGUCAUUAUAUAUGGUAACUUUAGUCUGGAUGGCAAUGCAACGGCUGAUUUUAUUUCCAUUUCCUCUGAAGCAUUGAGUAUUAGUGUACCAUAAUAAAUCUUAAAGGGAUGGUUCAUCCAAAGAUGAAAAUUCUGUAAUUUACUCACCCUCAGGUUGUUUCAAACCUGAAUAUAUUUCUGUCUGUUGAACACGAAGAUAUUUGGAAGAAUGUUAGCAAUUUUCAGUUCUGGGACAUCAUCCACUACCAUUUCCUACUAUGGUAGUCAAUGAUGUCCCUGAAGGGAAAAUUGCCAACAUUCGUCCAAAUAUCUAUCUUUGUGUUCAACAGAACAAUGUAAUUUUAUACAGCUUUGAAAUUACAUGAGGGUGUGUAAAUGACAAUUUUCAUUUUUGGGUGAACUGUCCCUGAAGUUAUUUUGAACGCUUUUGCCUCUUGUGUUUCUUUGUACUUUUCUCCAAAUGGCACGCAAAUGCAAUUAACUAAAUGCAUCCAAAAUGUUCUGCUUAGGGUAAGGUUCUAGUUGGUUUAGCCAUGUCUUGGGUCCUAGCCAUGUUUUUUUUUUUUUUGCAUCCUAACAAAGAAACUGUUGGAGUUUCUGGUCUGGUAUACUUAACACAAAUUUGUCUAACUUCUAUGUGUAGGCUGCCAUAUGGCAUAAACGUUUUAGUCUAAUUACUUUCACAUUGGAGCAAUAUAAAACACAAUUUACACACCAUUGAUUAAGUUAAAAUAGGUUUACCUGAUUUGCUUGGUACAGUAUGUUGUUGUUGAUUUGCAUUUUGAAUAGUCGUGGUAUGUUGGUCGGGUAUCUGUUGCCAUGUGCUUGUUAUGUGGUAGACUGUACACAUGUUCAAAAGAACGAUAGUUUUUUUUUUAUAUAAAGGGAUCAUAGAGCUGGUUUUUGAAGGGUAUAAGCAUGGGUUUGAGUUAUUUUCAUGCCCUAUCUGCUCCACGGAUGACUUUGAAUAGAAAAGCAGUCAACACUGACUGAUUUGUUUAUAAGGACUAUCAGUAUAUAAAAGAAUUAAACAAGUUGUGACGUGGUGAUUCAUCUGAAACAGUUAACCGAUAAAUUGCCCCCAAAAGAUCAUUUGUAGUCAUUGUUUGAUUUCUAGCUUUAGAAUAAAAUAUGAUACUAUUUGACUAAGUAGACUUUUUUAUGAUAAUUUGACCAUAAACGUCACUUAGCCUAUAGGCUACAAUGGCCGUGAUAUUUUUU